AUGUUUCAGCACAAAGCCAACGAGGUAAGCUUCAUGCACAGCAAGGCGUCGAAAGAUUGCCGGUUUGCUCUUCCUGGAUUCGGAAGACCGUUGGACUAUGCCCCCAUGGAGAAAAAUAUAUAUGGCGUGGAAAGUCGCAGUAUGUUUCCUUCUGCGUUGGACGAUCGGGACAUUGAAGCAGGAUAUGCCGACUUGCCUGUUCUCACUUUGCGCGAGAUCGCCAUGGUAGAUUACAUGGAGGAUAUUACCGACAUUCCAGAGUGGUGGAAGAAGGUCUUCGAUCCUACAAUCCAGGAAGAGUGGAAGAGGGCUGCCGUGAACGGCGACAGAGACAUUACGCUCAACAUGGCCCAGUGGGUCAUUGAGGAGCUUCAAUUCAAAGCCAUGAUUUAUGAGACCACCCAGGUCGUUGCUCUGUACAAUGGGGAUGUCACAAAGUCCGAUACAAACUUUCCUGAUUCCUUGAUGAACAGCCUCAAGACUCAUAUCAAGACUCUAGAGUUUGACCAAGAGAUCCUGAAGUUUUAUCACCCAGGACCUCUCGCCAAACAACGGGACUUCAUUGCUAUGGCGCUCUACCCACUCGUCUAUGGCAAAACUCGCAUCCUCACUGACAGAGUGAUCACAUUGGACGAAGCUCUUGACUACGCCGGCCAGGGUGAGGUAAUUCCGGUCCCAAAGGAGACAGGGAUCACCAGAGAAGACAUUUCCUGGCGAGCCAUGUCGCGUGCAGAUGUACAAGUUCGGCCCUACAGUCGGGAUUACCAGUGUUUGCCCUCAGAUUGGGAAUUCCGGGAUGAUGGCCGCUGGCAUAUUGCCACAUACAUCAACAACCUGCACCCGGUCAAGCAUAGACAUAUCUACAAGCUUGUCGAGGAGGCAUUCAAUGGUAUCAUCCCGCAAUGGAAUGCCACUUUGACCCCCCUCAAGGAUAUGCUCCAUUCUCGUGCUCGCAUCGAGUAUCACAAAGCAGAGUACUACCCAGUUGCCAAAGAAGCGGCGUCCCAAGCACCUCAGAUAAAGCCAAGAGAGGCACAGAGCGAGUUUGACGAGCGAAUGGAAGAAUGGAAAAUGAAGAACUACAAAGCUAUUCAGCCCGAUGCAGGCAAAUUCUUGCCAUGGGCAGUCCCUCCUUGGAUGAUGGACAAGCUUCCGGCUGACCUGCCGGCUUCUGUUCGAAUUGAACAGGGUGUGGAUCUCAACCGAGACUACAAAGAGCGUGGUCUGCAAGUCAUCACUCGUAUGCUGGGAAUCGAUCUCACCCCCGAGAACUCUGCCUUUGCAGCCGACUGGCAUGUCGAAGGCACGAUGAACGAACAUAUCUGUGCCUCCGCAUUCCUGACCUACGAACACAACAACGUCAACGACUGUUACAUGGAGUUCCGUAACAUGGUCGAGACAGCUUCUUUGACUGAGGUCGACCACGAGCCCAACGACUUCAUCUGGCUGCGUCAGGUCUUCGGCCUUGAAAAUAACGAGCCAGCCAUCCAAGCUCCCGGCUCUAUUCGUGCCAUGCCAGGUCGUUGCAUCAUGUACCCGAGUACAAUACAGCACAAGUUUACUCGUUUCGAGCUGAAAGAUAAAACGAAGCCUGGAUUCGCACGCGCUUUGGUCUUCCUACUUGUUGACCCUAACAUUCGGAUCAUCUCUACGGCUAAUAUUCCACCUCAGCGUCUUGAUUGGACCAUAGAUGUUCCCGAACUUGGAAACGAGUUGAAAGAGGCCAUGGCGAAGCUGGCGCUUGACAAUCGAAAUUCAAAGGGUCAUAUGCCAAUGACGCUCGACGAGGCUUUGGAGCAUCGGGCCAAGGUUUUGCAAGGAAUUAUAGAGUUUGCGCGCUAUCAAGGUGUUGCUUUCGAGUCGAAUCUUCUGAUGCUUUGA